GUUAUGUCCCUUCAGUCAUCACGUGACGAUCGCUUGACAGGUGUGGUUUCGUGUCAGAAAAUAGACGUGUAUUGUUAAAUUUAAGCAACAAAAGUGACCAAUUUCACUGUAGUCUUUCAUCCAAGGUCGAGAAACAUGUCCUCAAGGAAGAAAAAGGACUACACGAAACUGCUGUCAAUAACAGAAUGCGGUAUAUGUAGCUUGGAAUUAUCUGAUCCUCGGCGAAUUGAAUGUGGACACAUUUUUUGCCUUCAUUGUCUUCGUAAACAUGUCGACAGCAUGACAUCUUGCCCGACUUGCAAGCGACGUAUGCAGCCAAAAUCAGGGAAUGUUGAAAACUAUCCUGUUGCCAUGGAAAUAGUACACCUGCUGCAGUCUCUACAAAAGGUCGCAAGUUACAGUGACAUUGUAGACGAAGACGAAACAACGGAAGAUGUGGAUAAAGAGGAAGAUCAGUAUGAGGAUGUUGAUGCUGAUCAAGACAAGGGAAUGCCUCCACCACCGCGGACCAUUGAGUCGAAUGAAGUAUGCGAUAUUCAUCGAGAGAAUUUAAAGUUUGUUUGUGAGACUUGCGAUGAUGAACUCAUUUGUGCCAAAUGCAUCAUGCAUUCUACACACAAGAAACUAGAGAUAUCCCAGCAUACGAAACAUCUCGAACAACUGCUAGAUCAACAAAAACAUAAUUUGCUUAAGCGACAAAAAGAUGACAAAGCAGAAGAGGAAAAACUGCAGGAUAUGAUCGAAAAGCAAUUUGAACAAAAGGAAGCGAUAAAGGAUGAGAUAGAAGAAAUCGCCGAGGAAAUGUUUACAGAAAUUCACAGGAAAAAAGAAGAAAUGCUUCAACCUAUUGAGGUAAAAGCAGAUGAGUACGUUAAACAACUGACGGAGAGGCAGGAGCACAUCAAAGAUAGGUUAUCCGAAUUCAACCAUGUUAGCAAUAGAAUAGGAAAACUCUCCAAUGACGGUACAACAGACUUCUGCAGAAAGGCGAAAAGGUUAGUGAAACAAGCUGACAUAGCACUGCGAGUAGAAAACAAACCUCUACCCCAAUACCAGACCAUUGACUUCACAAGGAAUAAAACAGCUAUAGACGAUCUGUCGAAACUUCAGUUAGGAGAUGUAAAGAUCCGAGAGGUAUUGAUAGAUCUGGCCGAGACAUACGAUGCAUCAGAUUUCAGUGGAUUUCAGGAGCCUUCCUCUGAAGAUUCACGUUCCUUCAAACCCCCACCACCUCCCGUAAGACCGAAACCGAAGAAACAGGAGUACUUAAACGUUAAUAGAGAAGAAUCUGUGGGUCCCUACAGGAACCUGAGCAAUCCUUCUUAUCCACACACUUCCCCGCCAAUACCUCCACGAUCUGAGAUUCCAGAUCAAAUCCCCCUACAGCUGGUAAAGAAGAGACCAUUUAUUACGACAUAGAUGGAUCUAUAUACGAUAACACUAUGAAAAAAGCAAAACCUCAACCGAUUCUGCAUGAGGAGAAAGAUCACGAGAAGCAAGGUCCAUUCAUUCCACCAGCAGCUGCAGCAGCACCACCCCCAUAACCACCAUUUUCAGGAUCAUUUCGAAAUCCGUCUCGGUAGCAACCGACAACCAUGCUUUUCCACAGAGACUGAUAUAUCGUGUAUUUCUCCCAUUCCGGCCAUCUGGUUUCACUGUUGUGCAAGGUAUUUUAGGACCUUACUACGCUUUUGUCACUGACGAUCACAAUGUCAAACUUUUCAGGCAGAAUGGAGAUUUCCACAGGACGAUCUUGGAUCUGACCAAUCCGUUUGAUGUCGCAAGUCAACAACACGGGGAAUCCUUGACUCCAUUGUACAUCACAGACGAAGGGAAACGAAUUGGUGAUGGAAGUAUUCGAGUCUAUUCUCCCGACGGACAGUUCCAGAAAGUGUUGGUUGGAAAACUCAAGAAACCUCGAGGAAUAUCCAUUUCACGUGUGGGACUCAUAUACGUAUGUGACGAAGCAAAUAUCCUUGUGCUGUGUCCAACGACAGGAAAAAGGAAGAGGGUAAUUUCUAGCAUCGGGAGAGAUCCUCUUUUUGUACUUCCGAUGUAUGUUAUGGUGAGUGCCACAGGAAAGAUCCUCGUUUCUGAUGUUGGUACCCGAGAACUUAAAAUCCACGACGAAACUCGAAAGUACACCGACAUAUUCAAACCUGAAGGAGGCGUCGAGAAUAUCUACACGAGCUUCAGUCCUGGGAUGUGUUCGGAGGAUUCCUCCUCGAAUUACUACGUCAUCGACCAGGAAAGGAACAUGCUGUAUAUGUUACGCGGAGGGGGCAGGUCAGAGAAACUGGAACUUCCAGAGAAAAUUAAAGGUCACGAUGGAAUACCAACCGCUGUAGCCUUCGAACAUGAUACUGGGGACAUUGUGGUGUUUUAAUACUUUUGUAUAUACACAGUAUAAUUCAAGAUAAAUCAAAUGUGUUGCUGCAGAAGGACCCAAAGAGCAGAAUAGAAUACCGCUAUCGCUGUGGUGCAUUGAUAGCAACCACGAAGGUCAACAUCACAUCAAUGGCAUUGAUUUAAUGUCUAAUGGCAUAUUCUUAAAAAAAUGAUUGUGGUGUUUCAACAGUAAUAUAUUAUGGAAAAACCAACUCCGUUUGAAUCUAUACAUUGUAGAAUUCUAAAUUAUGUGUACAUUAAAACUGAAACUGAUCCAUUAGAGUGCACCAUAUGGUGUUCACUUUUCGAUUUUAUCUGUUUUGGAAUAAUUUUGAAUAACAUUUAUAAAAAGAUAUCUAAUGAUUUGGCUAAGUUGAAUAAUAACACCUUUCAGAUAUAUACAUCAACAAAACCUUUUUUUUCCAAAAUCGAAAAUUAAAAAUUUAGAACGUUCUUGAAUAGUUGGGCCAUUGUACAUCCCUAUCUGGAUUAUAGCAUAUCUUUCGACCAAUCUUGAGUUUCUCCAGUCGUCUUCCAAGUGUGAACACUUAAGAGAAUAAUUGAUAGACAAAGACAUUUCAUAUAAAGAUAAAAUACUAGUAAGUUCAUAUCCGGUUCAGGACGUAUAUAUAAAGUCCUCUAAACCAGAUUCAAAAAUACAUACAGAGUAUUAUUAUGUAUAUCAUUCAGUUUGACAAUUAUCUGAUAAUAGCUCUGUAUUUUGAAAAAAAAAUGCUUAGUUUUUCCAUUGUCUGUCUGUCUUUUUUUUUUUUUUUUUUUCCGAAUUUGUCAACGUUAUUUGCUGAAGUAUCGUAUUCUUUCAUGUUGAUGGAAAUUUUAAUGAAAAAUGGAAAAGAGUUAUUCCUUAGCGUGGUUGAAGAGCGUUUUGGGUAUAUCGUUUCUGACUUUACUCAACGACUGUGUCGUUCAGCGGUGUCUUCCCAUAACGCUUCUGCAUUGCAGCAAUCCUGCUAAUGUACUCCAUUAACAAUUUUACAGUUUUAUUAUUCUAUUAUAUCUUCUCUUACUUGUUAGUUGAUAUACUCUCCAUUAUAUACGUGUAAUACAAGUGAACAACUUGUGUUAUUUAAAUUAUUUUUAUUUGCUGAUAGAGUGUUCUGAAAUUGUUUGUAUAUCUGAGUUGUCUCCCUUCCCACGUUGUAAAUAUGUGGACUCCAUAGAACUUGUCAAGCAAUAAUACCUUAAUUGUGCCGACCAUAAACGGUUUUUGACGUUAUUUUUUGUUAAAUCUUUUGUUUGAGGGUGAUAAUAUGUACGUGUUUAAUACAUUUUGUGUUUAUAGCUUUAUACAUGGCACUGGGAUAGUAAUCUUCUGCAUAUAGUUUAAUUCAAUCAAUUUAAGUUACUGUCAAAAAAUAUUUCUUCUAAUGUACAUAAAUCUAUAUGAGUGUGGAUUACAUGUUUUUUUUACUUAUUGCUACAUUUGACAUAUCUGUAUCUUACACUGUUGGUGUUUCAAUUUCAAUAUGAUGUGACUUUCUAACUUCGUAACUAUCUUGAGUAUUAGAAAACUUACUUUUGCAGUGAAAUAUUUAUGUUGUUGAAUUUUUGUGCAGGGUGCAUGUUGACAUAGUUCAGACGAUUUGUAAUUAUCAGUAUGGCUUACGACUGUUAAUUAAGAAUAAAUUGAUAUGUAAAAAUCAGCAAUAUUCAUUUGACGACCAAGGCGAUCAUGUUACUCGAAUAUGUUCUCGCCUAUAUCGAUUCCAAAAGAUUCAGUGGUUAAAUAAGGUCAGGAUAGUAACUGUAUGCGUUGGUUCAAUUCUGGUCACACUAAAUUUCGUUUGAUCAUGAUUGGAAUUUUAGCAUAUAUUUAGAGCUGUUUACAGAUAGUGCAGAUAACAUGGAUUGAGGCUGUGGUGCUGUGCUAUAUAAACAUUGGUUUAUGUUUAAAUUGCCCAAUAGUUGGCAUGGUUUGUCUGUGCUGACAGAGAUGACAUUUUUGCAUAUCUAUGGCACUAAACACAUGAAAGAGUGAAUAUCAUAGCAAAAACAGUUUGCUUCAUUGUGAUAAUCGUGCAUUAGUAUAGGCACUCGAUAAAUCAAUUUCCUGUUCAGUGCAUGUGAUGUCCUUCAUUCAAAAGUCGGCAUGAGAGAGGCUAGGACAACAACUCAAUUGUUAAUGCAUUGUCACGUUUCAUUGUUCUAGAUUUGGGGAAUUGACCAGGUUUUCUUGAGCAGUUUCAGAACAAGUUUGAUAAUCUAAUGUCAGCAUGACUUUCUCAUAAUAUAUCUGAAGCUUACAAAUCUGGGGUGGACAUAUUCAAAUAAUUGUUUGUUCAAGAGUGUGAACUGCCAAGUAUUUGGCCCCUUUUUUUGAGUCACAUAUUAAACUUUGUCUGGUAUAUGGCGAACAAAUGAUUAUCCUGUUAAUAUUCAUUUAGCUGGAAUUGGUUUCUAUGGUAAAUGCCCUGCCAAUUCAAGUAAGGAUUUCAUGUUAUUGCAUAGGCUAAUGCGUUAGCCUCAAGAUCUUUUUCAUGCAGAAGGUAAGCUAGGCAGUCGAACAAUUAAAUAAGAGAAAUUGUCCAAUAUGUUGGAGGGGACAGAGUGGAAUGAAAUGGGAUUCUGUGCUUUCACAUGUGGUCAAUGCAUAGGAGAGGGGACCCUCCAUGUUGCAUUGUGAGGCAACUGAUUUAAUUGAAGUUAGGUCCCUUAAUUUAAGGGAGUACAUUUGGUACUUCCUCAUACAAUGGUCAUGUGGUCACUACUGCUACCACGUCAAAGAUGGCGAUGAACACAACUAAUCGUUCACGUAUCAGAUUAAACAGAGACAUAGCUAAGCAGGAGUAGGAACGAAGUCUCUGACAACGUCAAGGUGCACUUUAGCAUCCUUGGUAACCAUAUACAGCUCAAUUAUAUAUAGAGUGCUAUGCCCAUAGAGCGUUUUCUAUAUUGGGGUAAACAUUAUUCCUUCAAUUAACAUUUUAUUGGUGUUAUUCAAUUACGGCUGUUCCCUUUUGAUGACCACGGUGGUGAUGUUGUUCGCUUCGUUCACCAUUAUAUUUUCCUAGUGAUGCGCUACAGGACUUCGCUAACAGUACAAUGGGGAUUCAUACUUAUAAUUUAUUUACAUAUAAGAGAUACAUAUGUAUUUACGUAUCAUUCGAUGAUCAGUGGAUACUUCUUUAUCACCGAAGGUCUUCCAGCAAUGCAAACAAUUUGUAUCAAUUUUCAGUCAAUUAGCGGUUGAGGAAAGGGCAGUCAUUUACGCCCUUUUGGUUGAUGUGUGGCAGUUAUCGACGCCCUUUGAUUAAUGUGUGUGCAAUAAUUGACACACUUUCUUAUUUUGGCAGUAAGUUACGUCCUCUUAGCGAAAUAAACACUGUAGUCAUUAC